UUCCCCAGCCGCGUUUCCUCUUCGCCGUCAGUGCCGCGUUAGCAACAGCGCCGUCGCCAGCCGAGGGAGCUCCUCCUCCGCUUUCUCGCCGCUCCUUCCUAUUCUUUCCGGCUCCUCCGCGUCCUGUAUGGUCUAUUGCCGCCGCCCUGCUCCGAAGCCACUUUCGCGGCAGCCUCCUCCUCCAGUUUCCUCCGGCUCAGCUCCUCUUGCCCCCGGCGGUGGCGCCCUCAGUACCCAGGCCGUAUGAUCAGGCUACAGUCUUCAAUGAGUAACCAUAUUCCUCAGUUCUGUGGUGUUCUUGGUCACACAUUUAUGGAGUUUCUGAAGGGCAGUGGGGACUACUGCCAGGCACAGCACGGCCUCUAUGCAGACAAGUGAACUGUAGAAAUUGAUUACUACUCCACCAAGAAGCCCCCUUAAGAGCGGUUACCAGAAUAAGAAGUAUUGAGUUGAAAUUGGCAGAGCAUUUUACAAAGGAAGUCCAGACCUGGAUGGGGUAACCUCAGUGCACUGCCUUUCUUUUUGCCUCAGUAUUACUGGAUUGAAGAAUUGCUGCUUCUUGUUUAGGAGGUUCAUUUCAUUUCCCAUUGCUCCCAACUUCAUACUUGUCAGCACUGGAAACUUUUGAGUGGCUUUUUGUGAAGUAGACUUUAGUUUCUCCAUUGAUCCUGCUAGGUUUUUUUGUUUUUGUUUUUAAGAGAAAUAGUAUCAGUCUUGUACGUUUUAACUAAAUUAACAUGGCCCGAAUGAACCGCCCAGCUCCUGUGGAAAUCACUUACAAGAAUAUGAGAUUCCUCAUCACCCACAAUCCAACCAAUGCAACCUUAAACAAGUUCAUAGAGGAACUUAAGAAGUAUGGCGUAACUACAGUAGUAAGAGUAUGUGAAGCUACUUAUGACACUGCUCUGGUAGAAAAAGAGGGCAUUCAGGUUUUGGAUUGGCCCUUUGAUGAUGGAGCACCACCAUCUGUUCAGAUUGUUGAUGAUUGGCUAAACCUCUUGAAAGUUAAAUUCCGUGAAGAGCCUGGCUGUUGCAUUGCUGUGCACUGUGUUGCUGGUCUUGGAAGAGCACCUGUAUUAGUUGCCCUUGCACUCAUAGAAUGUGGAAUGAAGUAUGAAGAUGCAGUGCAGUUCAUAAGACACGACGUGGAGCCUUUAACAGCAAGCAGCUUCUUUAUUUGGAGAAAUAUCGUCCCAAGAUGCGACUGCGUUUUAAAGAUUCAAAUGGUCAUCGUAACAACUGUUGUAUUCAGUAAAAAAAAAAAAAACCAAGCUGCCUAUAUUGCUGCUUUGGAAGUAGAAGACUAAAACUAGAAUUGGGCAUGUUACAUGGAAAACUACAUGUAUGUCUAACUAGGUUACAUGAAGCUUCUAUAGGAGUAGGCCAGAGCAUUGACAGGAGAGCAUCUUUGGUUAGUUGAUCCUUUUUUAGAGAAUAAGAAAUGUACAUGGCCUUUUAUGUCUUAUUUGUAAUUUGUAUAAUUAAAGUAUCCUUAAUCAUGUAGUUCAGUAUUUUUCAUUCAAGUCCCAAUAGAUCUACCACAACUUGAGUAGAGAUUAGGUGCCAAAAGCCCAGCACAUUAUUUCUGUAUACCACAGUGUAGUUUCCCAGUAACUACAGCUAUCCAGAUCUUUGCCCUCUUCCAAACUGUCUUUUCCCUCCCCCAUGGAUAGGGCUACAUAGAACUAUCCCCCUAUGCACCAUGUUUGUCUCCCACAAUCGCACUAGAAUGAGCAUCAGGAUUUGCACACAGUUUACUGACUUGGUCACUUUUGGUGUCUAAACUUUUGUUACUUAACCCUCUUCAUAUACAUACAUUCUCCAGUUCCUUAUAAAAAAAUAAUCCUUCACGCUGUACAGAAGCACACAAGUCUUUGAUGUCUCCAGACAAAAAGCCUUACAGUUAAAUAAAUAUUGGCACUUAAUGUGCAACUUUAGCAGAUUGCCUGUAAAAGAAUGGGAGGGGGACUAAUAAAUAUUUCUAGUAAAAUGUUGCCUUUUGUCUUGUGCAGGAAGUAUAGAAUAUGCCCUUUACUUUAGUAAAUAUUUUUUUAAUGUAGAAAUGCUUUAUUGUAGCUGAAAAUUCUUAAUCAUAAAAUUUCUGAAGAUCUUGUAAUUUCUUUUAUUGUACUUAUUGGAAGUUGUUUACCAACUAUUGCUUUGUUGAAAGUGAUUGGGUUCUUUCCUUGAGUUUCUGCCAUUAAUGUGGCAGAUCUCUGUAAUAUUUUGUAUGCCUUUUGAGCUGCGUAACUUAAUAUUUGGAUACUUGAUAAUUUGUUAUGUAAUUGAUAAAAAUGGUGGUGUGUAUUAAUGUUCAACCAUAUUUAUACUGUCUUGGGAAUGUGUGGUUAUAGUACUGUGGGAGAAAUAAUUUGCCAGUGUUCACCAGCUUGUAAAAUCUAGUGCGAGAGCUCAAACAUCUAAAUAAACUCAAAGCUGCAUUGCA